CACGCCUAAGAUCGUCCAGUCCGCCGGAAAUUAAAGAGAAUAAGAAGUCAUCAGUCACAGGUGUUGUCAGUCCACAAAUGAGCAGUCAAGUUGGAGUUGAAGUUCAGGCCGACUUUAUUCUUCAUCUUCAAAACUAGUUUCUAGUUUUUUGUUUGUUUAAUUGUGGCCAUGCCAGUCAUUAGUCGCCUUUCUGCUGACGACAUGUCCUGGAAACGAGUCCGCCGGAGGACAACCGCCUUCCCCGCAGAGGAGGACGAAGACGACCAGGACGAGACGUUAAAUGUUAUGCAGCAGGAGGAAGAGGAGAAGGCAGAAGCUGAAGACAAAGUCGAUUUAAGCACGCUGACAGAUGACCACCUGAAGGCUGCUUUGCUCGCGCAUGGCGUCAAAACUGGGCCUAUCGUGGACACAACCAGGCGGUUUUAUGAGAGGACGCUGAGGAGGCUCCAGGCUGACGAAGGACAGGAGACGUCAACCAUCGAAACAAUUGUCUUGUCUUCUGACAGUGAGGACAACCAAGCAGAUUGCGAUGGACAAGAAGAGGAAGAAGAAUGCAGCAAGGCGGUACAUGUGUUUUCUCAGAAUAGAGGUUAUGAUUACCCACAAUCCUUUUCACCUUCAUCAAGAAUGCGUGCUGUCACAUGCAACUCCCAGCAGAAAGUUAGCAAACCCGCGUCGACGUUUGAAACCAAGGUCCUGGCUGGAUCUAUGCAGAGUUGCACUUCUCCUCACAAGAGCUUCAGCAUCACUCAAAUGGUGGAAGAGAUGGAGGGUCGGAGGUCAAAGGUGAAUGACUGCGAAAUACACCGACGUUGGUCUUCGUCCGACUCUGUGGACAUGACGGCAGGUGUGGACGAGAGGAGGCAGUCACAAUACUUUACUCCAAUGGGGUCACUUUCUGAAAGACAAGAAAAGGAGUUAAUUCCUGACAUGACCACAUCCACGGCCAUCAGACAUGAGCGGAGCUUGCGUCCUCCUGCAGUUGCAGACUCUCCCGCCGGAGACACUGGCGGUCACCACACCCGUGGCCACAUCCCUCCGACUUUCAGGUACCAUAUAAUCUCACUAAAACACUAGUAUCACAAUAAGAAGCUCAGGGAUUUUCCAGAAUUAUCCUAGUAAAUGUGUCUAACAUCUGAAUUGCUCCCACUGCCCUCGCCGUUUUUUUGUUUUUCUUCCUCUUCUUCUAGUCCUUUUAUUUCACUAUCCUCAUCCACAAAUCUUUCAUCCUCGCUCAAAUUAAUGGGGAAAUCGUCGCUUUCUCAGUCCGAAUCACUCUCGCUGCUGGUGGAUAUCAUUGUAAACAAUGUGAGGAUGUGAGGAGCUCCACAACUCGUGACGUCACGCGCACAUCGUCUGCUAAUUCUGGUACAAGCAAGGCCUUUUUAUUAGCGACCAAAAGUUGCAAACUUUAUCGUCGAUGUUCUCUACUAAAUCCUUUCAGCAAAAAUAUGGCAACAUCGCGAAAUGAUCAAGUAUGACACAUAGAAUUGACCUGCUAUCCCCGUUUAAAUAAGAACAUCUCAUUUCAGUAGGGCUUUAACGCUAAAUUAUACUAGUUUGCUCAAAACCUGCUGAUGAUUUUAAUUCUUAAAAAUUUUAGAAAGCCAGAAUGCCACAAGUGUUUAAAACUGAAUUGAAUGUAUGCAGUGUAAGUGCCGUACAAGUGUAAGAAUAAGUUAACCAUCGUCAAACAUGUAUUAUGUUUGACUUUUAAGAAAAAAUCAACGAUAAAAACAUUGACAUAUUGAUUAUAUACUUUGAUGACAGGAUAUAUUCUUCAUGACCUUUUAACCACAUUGUACUUAGCAGCCAGGACUGGACUUGUGUAUGGAUUCCCUCCAAACUUCAAUAGAUAUCGCGUUUUUCUGCAGUGGUUCAAACAAAAGAAAAAGCAAACUAAGCUUUCGUAGGCGGCACAAAAGUUAAAAGGCAAAAUAUGCCAAAGCAGUCAAAACUAAAGUCAAAGAAUAAGUAAAACCGACUUGUGGAGGCGACGGAAGGCAAAAUAGACCUGUGGAGGUAACACAAAAGUCCAAAUAAAGAAAACUAGGCGUGUGGAAACUGACAAAGAAGUCAAAGAAAAAGCAACAAAAAAAAAAAAAGAAAA